AAGAGAGAGAAAGUAAUGAAAGUGGAAAAUCAUGUCAAUGGAAAUUCUCUCAAGAGACCAUCUUUGUCUAAUGGGGUUUCUUCGUUCAUCUCUAAAUCUUCACUCAAAUUGAAAACUACCAUUGAAGGACGAAUCAGCUCAAUCAGUAGCAGCUUGAAGACGAGAGGGAUGAAUUCCACGAUGGAUAGUAUGAACUUAAUUCAACAAGCUCAAAGACAUCAUCUGGUUGUCAGGGAACUCGGAGAAGAAAUCGACCUAGAAAUUGGUCCAGGAGAUGAUGACCCAACAUUUGGUAGUACUCCUUUAAUAGGAGAUCCACCAGUUCGUGAUUCUUCUGCUAGUGAACAUGAUAAUAGCAAACAGACCUUAAUUGUUUCUCAGCUCUCCAAUGAAGAUCAAGAAUUAUCAAAGAUGGCUCAUCCUAUUAAGAGAAAGAAGAAAGUGGUUAAAAGAUGGAGAGAAGAAUGGGCUGAUACUUAUAAAUGGGCAUAUGUUGAUGUGAAGGAAGGUACGGCUAGGAUAUUCUGUUCUAUUUGCAGAGAAUAUGGUAGGAAGCACAGGAGAAAUCCUUAUGGGAAUGAAGGUAGUAGGAAUAUGCAGAUGAGUGCAUUAGAAGAACAUAAUAAUAGUUUGUUACAUAAAGAGGCUCUUCGAUUGCAAAUGGCUUCCAAAGACAAGAUUGUAGUUGACAAACCUAUUUAUGUUAAAGCUCUUAUGUCGAAAACGGCUGGGUCAAUUGUUGAAGCAUUAUUGAGGAGAGAUCCUCAUGAAGCUGAGUUUAUACAAUCUGUACAGGAAGUGGUUCAUGCUUUGGAAAGAGUAAUUGCAAAGAAUUCUAUUUAUGUCAACAUGAUGGAGAGAUUGUUAGAACCUGAGAGAAUGAUUGUUUUCCGAGUCCCUUGGGUUGAUGAUCGCGGUGAGACACAUGUGAACAGAGGUUUCCGUGUUCAAUUCAACCAGUCAUUAGGCCCUUGUAGGGGAGGACUUCGGUUUCAUCCAUCAAUGAACUUGAGCAUUGCAAAAUUCUUGGGUUUCCAACAGACAUUAAAGAGUGCAUUAUCUUCAUAUCGACUAGGAGGCGCUUCAGGUGGGAGUGAUUUUGAUCCAAAAGGGAAAAGUGAUAAUGAGAUCAUGCGUUUCUGUCAGAGUUUUAUGGAUGAGCUACAUCGCUACUUUGGCCCUGAUAAGGAUCUUCCUUCUGAGGACAUGGGUGUUGGUUCUCAUGAAAUGGGUUAUAUGUUUGGGCAGUAUCGCCGUCUAGUCAGUCAUGUGCAGGGAAGUUCUCCUGGGCCAAGGAUAAUUUGGUCAGGUGCAAGCCUUCGGACUGAAGCUACUGGCUAUGGGCUUGUUUUCUUUGCACAGCUUAUUCUUGUUGAUAUGAAUAAGGAACUCAAAGGACUAAGAUGUGCUGUUAGUGGUUCUGGAAAAAUUGCUUUGCAUGUCUUAGAAAAGCUUCUUGCCUUUGGUGCUAUCCCCAUUACAGUAUCAGAUUCGAAAGGGUACCUUGUGGAUGAGGAUGGUUUUGAUUUCACCAAAGUGACAUUAUUAAGAGAUAUUAAAGCUCAACAAAGAAGUUUGAGAGAUUAUUCAAAGACUUAUGCUCGUUCUAAAUAUUAUGAUGAAGCAAAACCUUGGAAUGAAAGGUGUGAUGUUGCAUUUCCUUGUGCUUCACAAAAUGAAAUUGAUCAGUCUGAUGCCAUUAGUCUGGUUAAUUCCGGGUGUCGUUUACUGGUAGAAGGUUCAAACAUGCCCUGUACUCCUGAAGGAGUUGAUGUUCUGAGAAAAGCUAAUAUUCUUACUGCCCCUGCUAUUGCGGCUGGCUGUGGAGGGGUUGCUGCUGGAGAACUUGAACUAAUUAAUUGGUCCCCUGAGGAAUUUGAAUCUAAAUUACAGGAAGCAAUGAAACAGACCUACCAAAGAGCAAUAAAGGCUGCAACUGACUUCGGUUAUCAGAAAGAAAGUCCCGAGGCGUUGGUGCAUGGAGCAGCCAUAUCCGCCUUUAUGGCUAUUGCUGGAAGCAUGUCAGAACAAGGAUGUGUAUAACAUUCAUAUUUGUAUUUGCAAACUGUAUGAUGCAUUUGGAGGUGGAAAGAGAAAAAAAAAGACGAUAUAUCAUCACAGUGUGACGACGAUUGUAUAAAUUGAAAAAAAAAGGAAAAAAAAAGCUAUUCAGUCUCCUGGAUUGUUGGCAGGAAUUCUUUGUUAAACUUAACAACAAGGAAUUGUGAAAUGGGUUGACUUGUACUAUUUCUAGGAUAUGUUUGUCUUUUGGUCUAUCUUUUUAUGUUUUAGGAGAAGAAGAAAUGUUGAUAUAUAUAUAUUUAUUAUGUAUCAGUAUGUAUGUAUGUUAUUGAUAAAGAGAUAUUGAUGGACUGAUGUUGGAAAUAUAAAUAGAAAAAUGUAAGAUUUUAUCAUUUUUUGUUUGUUUGUUUUGAAAUCAGAGUUUAUUCUCUGGCAUCAC